GUGUGUCACCAAACACAAACACUUCAACUAGAGCCAGCGAAAAAGCACUGAAUUAGUUUGGCCAAAUUUAGUAAACAGCCUGAAUCUUUCAGUGUUUCUGGUUAGUUACUGUGCCCUGCGUUUACAAAUGUUGUGGCUGUUCCGUCUUGCAAAACAAACUGGAGGUAGUUGUGCCGUGGCAAACUUCCUUUUAUCAGUUUGAGGUUGCACUUUAGGAGGGGAAGAUUUAGCAGAAAUCUCCUGGAAACAGGAAGGUCGAUGUCCAAACUAAUUGCAUGGCCACUGGUACCACAUCUAUAGUUUACUAUGCAAUAAAACAAGGCAGGAAUCUCUGUGUAUUGGUAAAUAAUGCAAUUUAAAAUGGUUUAAAUUGUUUAGCAUUUACAUUGUUUAAAUCUUAUCUUUGUAAAAAAAAGAAUUAUCACAUGCACAAAUUUCUACAGAUUCUGAAGGUCAGGCUUUAAGUUUCAUGAAGCAUGCAAACAUGGUGAUCAUUACUAGUUAUUUAUUUUACUGAUACUGUGGAUUGAUCUAACUUCCUGGCCUUUCAGUAACCAAUACCAAUUACAUAAAUAUACAUUUACUGAGCACUUUGUUAGGUAUUUAUUAGACUUAUUUUUUUACUUCUGCUGCUGUAGCCUAGCCACUUUGUGAUGAGUUGUGUGUUCAGGGAUGCUCUUCUGCAUACCACUGUUGUAAUGUGUGGUUAUUUGCGUUACUGUCACCUUCCUGUCAGCUUUAACCUGUCUCGCCCUUCUCCUCUGACUUCUCUUGUUAACAAUGCAUUUUUGCCUGCAGAACUGCUGUGCACUGGAUGUUUUUUGUUUUUCACAUUCUCUGCUAACUCUAGAGUGAAGAUCCCAGGAGAGUAGCAGUUUGUGAGAUAUUCAAAUCACCCUGCCUGACACCAACAAUCAUUCCACGGUCCACCAACAAACAGUCACUUUGAUUACAUUUCUUCUCCAUUCUGACGUUUGGUCUGAAGAACAGCUGAACCUCUCCACCAUGUCUACAUGCUGCCACAUGUUUGGCUGAUUACAUUUUUGCAUUAAUAUGCUGGUGUACAGGUCUACCUAAUAAAGUGCUCAAUAAGUCUAUAUUCAUAUCCAAAGACUGUGAUUAUUCCAGCAAGGAAGAAAACAGAUGACAAUGAAGAGAUGAUCACCAAAAAAAAGAAGAAUAAAAAGAUGGUGUUACCCCUAGCCAUAUUUUUGUUCCAUACUGCCCCCUGGUGGCAAAUGUUGUAACUGUGGGUCCAUUUGUAUUUGUCAGAAAAUAAGUAAGCCACACAGCAGAACUGACAUUCAAUAUCUUUUCAGCCUGGGAAUGACUUGAAAGCCAGUGAGGGAGGAAGAUAUGGAAUUUACCUGAGGAAGUCCUAUUCUUUGCAAAAAUCACAAUAAGAACUUUAUUGUCACGGUGAGACAGCACCUCAGCUUAUCUCAUCAAUCAAUCAGUUUAUCAAUUUAUCUUUAUUUUGUGUGGCCCAAUUGCAAACAAGCUUCACAAUGGACAUUCUCCAGACUGAAAGACCAAACUAAAAACUGCAAUACUAUUGUACGCAGCCUUAAAAGACAGUAAAGAUGAACUUAUGGAGAACAGUGAGCGGCAUAGAAUAGGUCAGCCCAAACAUAAGGGGAAUGGACAUCUCAGGUUCUAUGAUGGCCAGCUUUAAGCAAUCAAGAACUGUGCUUAUUAAGGUGGUAGAAAUGCAAGACCUUGGUGUGUCUCGGCCUCAAGAGCCAACCGGAAAGGCAUCCUUUUCGAUCUGGGAAAAGUGAAUAAAAUGUAAAUGCAAAUAAUUUUAAUCAAAUAGUUUAAUGCAAUGUUUUCGGCUUGUGUUUCAAAGUAGAUCGUAAUAAACCUCUUUUAGUCGCCCCUUUCUCGGAAAUGAAGACGUAGUCUGUGGUUAACUGAUAAAAAUCUCAUUUUCGGCAGGGACAAAUACUCAUCGCAGAUGAAGCAUGUUCACUUCUCUCUAGAUUCCCAUCUCAUCGUGUCACAAAAUGAAUCAAAAUCCAGAAUGGGUGAAUGUUACCUUAGCCACUGUGUAUAGUGUGGUGUUGGCCGUGGGGUUACCAUUGAAUGGGCUGUACCUCUGGAUUCUCACAAAACGACACGGGUUGAGGACAUCAAACAUCGUUUUUAUGUUCAACCUCGCACUGUCCGACUUUACCAUGAGCCUUUCUCUGCCUAUGCGCAUUUAUUAUUACGCAACAGUGACAUGGCCAUUUGGACCCGUGGCAUGCACUAUCACCACCAUGCUGUUCCGAGUCAACAUCUACACCAGCGCUGUCUUCAUCACUUUCAUCAGCGUGGACCGACUGCUGGCGGUGGUAUUCCCUCUGCGCUCACGGGCGCUUCGUACUCCAAGGUAUUCCGGAAUCGUUUGUGUGGUUGCCUGGCUCCUGUUAAUCUUGCUCAGCAUCCCAAGGGCCAUAAUGCGCUUUUCGGACGUUCACGACGAUGCCGACUGUUUUCAACCGCCGCAAUCUAAAAUAUCAGUUAGCAUAAUUGGUCCUCUUUUACUGUUUGCACUGCUGCUUGUCAACCUCGUGUCUUCGGCGAUGGUCAUAAGGACUCUGCACAGACUUCAGACAGCCUCAGAUGAACACCACAAGAACAUCAUGCUGAUUUUUGCUAUCAAUUUACUCACGUUUGCACUAUUUUUUGCGCCGAUAAGUAUCGUGGUUGCUAUAAUAUCAAUGGGGAAAAUUACUAACUUUACUGCUCUUCGAGUGACAGCGUGUUAUACAACACUCAAUUGCUGUAUAGAUCCAUUCAUUUAUUAUUUCUCAUUGAAAGCAUUCGGGAAGACGGGGGAGCGUACACUGGACACUUAGAGAACGUCAGUGCAGAUCCUAUCAAAAGGCACGAAAAAAUGGAUAUACGCUGUCAGGUAUUGAAAUACACUUAAUUGUGAGAAUUGUAUUGCAUUCAUAUUGUGUGCUUAUGUUUUUCUGUGUGAUGUUUUAUUGUUGGUACUAAAAAUGAUUUGUAAUUGUAAUUUGUUACUUACUCUAAUAUAAACUGCAUAUCUUUUUCAACUUCAUACUGACUUUCAAUAAUAUUAGUCUUUUAAUGUACUACCACAGUCUAUCCAAGUUUUUCUGUAUUAUCUAUUUUUUUAUAUUGUACUAUGGCCAGCAUCAAAAAUGUGCCAGUCACGUUAAAAUUAUGCACAGGCCCAUAGGACAGAGUUCAGUGACAAUCUGUUCUGUGUUUCCAUUCAAAAACACGCUUGCCUCACAGUGUCUCAUCACUUGACUCAAGCACAAUCAAUGAAAACCUUUUACAAAUAAUAUAGAUAUAAAUAAAGGAAUAUCUUGAUAACUAAA